AAAAGCGCUUCGAUUUGCGCCCGAAGCUGUAAUUUUCCACAACGCGCAUGUACACUGCGACCGGAGCCCCCAGCUGAGCCGCCGCCAUGUGGAGCAAAUUGACUGGCAAGAGCGAUAGCUCGUCUCCAAAAGAUGAUCGGGAUAAGCGGCGCGAGUCUACGCGUCGCUCGAAGGCCUCCGAGUCGGUCGUCUCCUCUAGUUCGUCCAGAAGGCCUUCGGGCCGUGAUCAGGACCGCGAACCGCGAGCAAGCUCCCGCCGCUCCCAUACAGCUCCCGAGUCCGUCGCGUCCUCCUAUGCUACCUAUGCCACAGCCCAGGACGGCAUGCGUCCAAACGCCGACCUAUACAGCGACCCGCGAGACGAGGACUAUGCACGGCGCCGCCGCGACGAAGACCGGGACGACCACUCGAGCUAUUCACGCCGCGACCGGAGCAGAGACAGGGAGUCUCGAAGGGAAGACAAGAAGAAGGACAAGGACAAGGACAAGGACAAGGAUAAGCGCGAGAAGCGGAAGAGCCGGUCUGAAGCGGGCAACUCGCGUCCUCAAGAAAUUGUAGACGGUCCUAGAAGGGAAACGAGGUCUGUCAGCGGCCAGAUUGAAACAGGAGGUUUCUCGCCCUUCCCAGGACGGACGGGCCCGCCCCUAAUGUCCGGUGCGCUCCCGGCUGGCACAAUGUCUUCCCACGUGCCCGACCAGUUCCCCGGCCAGAAUCCCUCGCAGUACGCGGCGCCUUACAUGCCAGGCAUCGGCCAUACCGACUCGUUUGGUGGCAUUAGCCAUACUGAUUCCUUUGGCGAAGCUGCGGCAUACUACGGCGACCAAGGAGAAUCUGUCCAGCAUCAGCCUGGCGUGCGACCAGACCGCCCUUCGGUCAUCAUGCCUCUGGACACCCCGCACCUCAUGAGCGCCUCUGCGCAGGCUAUGCCCGUCGCCGACACUGGCUCCGGCGCGGCUGCCGAGUUUUAUGGAACUGCUAGCACAGAUAUACCACCUGCAAAGCCGCCGAGACCUUCGUCAAUGCCGGGUGGCUUCGUCGACGACGAGCCUUCACAUCAGAAGCCGCCGCGACCGGCGUCAUCGAAGCCGAACAGGCCUGGCAAAGCCAGCUCAGCAGCUGCGCUUGCUGGCGGAGCUGCUCUAGGCUAUUCAUUGGGCCACAGCUCCUCUCACACGCAACAUUCCACAAGCUACACAAACGGUGCCCAGGGCGCUUCUGCAUCCACGUACUACAACGCUGACAACGCCUCCAUCGCAGCGACUGAUGGGAGUCAAAUUCCCACUUACUCCGAAGCUAUGGCGGGCGCACCACCUCCAAAGCCACCAAGACCGGGAAAGCCAGAAAAACAGCCCUCUGGAUCUUCGCACGCUGGAUUGUAUGCUGCCGGAGCCGCGGGUCUAGCAGCCUACGGCCUACAUCAUCACAAUUCGCAUCAUCAUCAUUCAUCUCCCAUGCCUGGUGCGUUUCCCGGCGGACAGUACGACGGCGUUUCACCUUCACCGGGUCCAUUCAUGUCUGGCGGCAUGGCUCAUAGGCAUGAACACAGGGGCCCUGUGUCCAAGUUUGCGGACUGGUGGAAGAAUUAUGACGACGUGCGCAAGAUGGAAGAGUAUACCGAGUAUAUUGGAGUCUGCCGAGGCUGCUUCGAUCCACGCUCUUCUCCCAUGGAUGCCCCACGAAAGCAUCAUUACAACCGGAAGCGGUCUAGCGAAUUCCGCCCUUCUGGUAUUGAGAAACAGUCUCGGUACGGUCUUUCCGAGAAAGCCUCACGUUCCUCGCUAUCUGGUGAUGGGAAGCGUGACAAGCGAAAGAGCGGGAGCGCGACGGGAUGGCUCGCUGCGGGACUCGGCGGAGUUGGCCUUGCCCAAGCUGGAAAAGCACUCUGGAGCCAGAAUAGGGACGAUUUCGACGAUACAUACAGCGUCAAGUCCGGAAGGCAUACUCGUUCCAGCGCGUCCUAUCGAAGCCGUAGCCGCUCUCGCGACCGCAAGCAUCACUCUUCCAGCCGCUCCGAGAUUCGACAUAGGAGCAGCUCUAGAGACCGGAUGUCUAGGCUUUCUGUUGGUGUGACGGGUGACCGCAAAGACUACAAGAUCGUUCGGCAUAGGUCACGCUCGCGGUCAAGCUCUCGGUCGCGGUCUCGUUCUAGGGAUCGCAAGCCAGGUCUCCUUGGUGCAGCGGUUGGGGCAGGGCUUGCAGCAUCCGCUGUUGGUGCUUCGCGGCGGAAGCAUCGCAGCCGUAGCCGUAGCCGUUCUCGCUCACCCCAGAAAGUAUUCGUGCGUCACCGAAGGGAUAGCAGCGACCAUGAUCGAAGGCAUUCCAAGACUCACCGCGUAAGCCACAAGUCUUCUCGAAGCUCAAUCGGAUCUGGUUCUUUGGUCGAUAUGUCGCAACCACACAGGACCCAAGGCGGAUUCUUGGGCGGCUUCUUCACUGCUCCUCCACCCAAGGAGAAACGUCGCAAGACUCAUACCCCCUCCAAGAAAAAGAAGGGCUUCUUCAAUUUUGGCAACGCAUCAUCGUCGUCAUCAGAUGAUGGGUUGGUGUUCGGUGCUGGAUACGACAGAAGAAGAAGACGGUCUACGCGACGCAACUCGGACGAGAAGCUCAAUGCCACUUUGGUUGGCCUCGGCGCUACCGCAGCUGCUAUUGCCGCUACAAAAGCGGCACGCUCCAAGGGCAAGCAUCGGCCCGAGGUUGUGGCAGUGCGAGAGCGUCAUCACCAACACAAAGGCAGCGAUUAUCGUCGAACCGGUUCAUCAUCUCGAUAUGGUGAUGAAGACGCCGAUGGCUGGGAAGAUUUGCCCGAAGAAGAGACUUCUUCCGACUCCGGUGGAAGCAUAAGCUCUGGCCUUGCCUUUGGCGAUUAUGAUUGGAAAAAAGGUAAGAGCCAAGAGUCUCUGGCAUCAAGUGCUUCCGGCACCAACAAAUGGAGUUGGCGUUGGGGCAGCAAGAAGAAGAAAAAGCAACCCUCCAGCGAGAGCUUGUACAAUGCCGGCGUGAACACGUCUUUCGUAGGCCCUGCAGCCGCUGGUGCCGUUGCAGGGGCAGCAAUUGGCGCAGGUCUGAGUCGGCAUGAUAGCAGUGCGAGCAGUCUACCGUCUCUCCAGAAUGUCUACCCAGUCGCAUCGAACGAUCCUACGACUUUCGACGCUAGACGCACUAGCUCUGUUCCUACUCCUCAACCCCUUAUUACCUCAAGGCCUGAAUCCAUGAGCAUUCAACAGCCUCAGCCCAUUCAUCAGGUCCCAGGCGCUAUCUACUCGACGCACGCCCCUUCGCAACCCAGUUAUGUCGCCCCGAGCGGUCCUCCGGUCUUCUCCCAGAUACCCUCUCAGCCGUAUCCGCUGCAAUACCAGCCAGGAUUUGGCGAAGCUCCUCAGCGUGCAACCGCACCGCCUCUUCCACGUCGUGCUAAUUCCUCUCCUAUACAGCCCUCCUGGAAGCGUGACGCCGCGAUUGCUGGAGUGGCUACUGGCAUCGGAGCUGCUGCUCUUGCUUCUGCCAAGAACAAGGAUCGCGUGCCCAGCUCCCCUUCGAAUGUUCGCUUUGAUUUGACGAAGGAACAAGCGAAGAAGGAGGAUCGUCAGCGCCGUAAGGAGGAAGAACGCGUGGAGGAAGAGCUGCGACGCCGCCGCGAACGGGAACGUCACGAGGAAGAGGACCGUAAGGAGCAGGAACGGCGGCGUCACGAGCUGGACCGUCAGCAGGAGGAAGCUCGUAGGUACCUCGAGGCCGAGCGUCUAGCCAAGAUCGAAGCGGAACAUCGCGAAGCCGAGAAGCGCCGGGAGCGAGAAGAGCGGCGUGCUCGUGAAGCUAGAGAGGCCGAAGAAAGGGAAUACAGGGAUCGAGAAGCUCGCAUUGAAGCGCAACGUCAGGCGGACAUCGAGCGCGAAGCUGAGCAAAUGCGUAAAGAGCGUCGGGAAACGGAACGUCGAGAAGCCGAAGUACGUGAGCGCCGAGAGCGUGAAGCUCGUAUCGAAGCGCAGCGACAAGCGGGUAUCGAACGCGAAGCCGAACAGACCCGAAGAGAGCAUAGAGAAGCAGAACGUCGAGAAACAGAGCGUAGGGACGCUGAGAGACGUGAGGCCGAAAUCCGAGAAGACGCCGAACAACGUCGCCGAGAACGUGAGGCGCAAGAGUAUUCCGAGCGUUACGAGAGCGAUCGCGAACGACGCCGGCUUGAGCAGCAGCGGACCGGAAGCUCAGUUGCCAGUGAUGUGCGACGUAAAGAGGAAGAGCUCGCAGAGCGCGAACGCCCCAUCGUGCAGCCAGACACUUGGAAAUCUACAGCAGCAGCGGCUGCUGUCGCCGGAGCAGCCGCCGCAAUCACAAGUUCCGCUAUAUCAUCGCGCCGCGAUGAGCGGCCUCCUGCGAGAACCGUGGAGCCGAGCGUCAAGCAUGUGGCCCCAAGCGCAAUCGUUCAAGACUACACGGACGAGGACAUUUUUGAUCCCGAUAUCUUCAAGAAGCAUACCGCUCGUGAAGUUCUUCAGGAUUGGGAGGACCGGUACAUGGUCAAAGAGGAGCCUGUCUCACAAGCAGACUUUUUUGCACCCAAAGAGCUUCUUGAACAUAGCGCUCCCGUCGCCAAAAUUGAUCCCAACGAAGGAGCUACCGAUAUGCACGUGUACCACGCGCACGACGAUUUCGAUCUCGGUCCGCCCAAGGCUCCGCCUUAUCCUCCUUCCUACUCGUUCACCGCUACCAAAGACGGCCGAGGCCCUCUGGCUCCUCCUUGGCCUGUGCCUUCUUUGAACCUUAUCCAGCCUACGCCGCCAGGCAGCAGGGCCAACUCUAUCCGGGCUCCUUCACCGGUAGUUGAACCCAAGGACGAACCCAAGAAAGAGGAGUCGAAACAGGAAGAUGCGGCAAGGCGGAGUGCAAGGGUUAGCUGGGGCGAGAAUCAGUUCCACAACUACGAGGUACCUACUCCUGAUUCCUAUCGCGAGCAGUUCAUCUCAGAUCGCGACUUCAAAGACCAGCCAAAGCAUUCGCAGGAUGAGAUUGUGGUCGUGGCCGAUUCUCCUGAGACCGGCAAGCGAGCGACGUCCUAUAGGCCAGAGAUCCCUACGAGCACUCAGUAUGUCCCUGAUCAAGAAGAAGAUAGCUGGGCUGGCACCAUGUCAAAGAAGGCGAGCAAGAAGGACAAGAAGAAGGCCAAGGUCGCCGCGGCUGCGGUAGCUGCGGCAGCGACAACAGCAGCAGUCUUGGCUCGGGAUGAAAAGCCAGACACUUCUUCUACGAUCAGCGACCCGUUCUCCGAUUCGCAUGCCGCGAGCGUCCCCUCGUCGAUUCCAUCGUCAAGUGGUGUCUACCAAGCUCCUUACUACGAGUCGGUCUCGGAUGUCGGCGUGCGGCCGUCCAAGCCCAAGGGCUUCGUUGAGGGCGAAAUCACGGAAGAGCCAGAACAGAUGCAUAUUCCAGGUAGCUUUGAUGAAGAGCUGGUACCCGAAAAGCCCACAGAAGACGAAUGGGCCAUUCCGACUAAGAAGGGCAAGAAGGGAAAGAAGAAAUCGAAGAGUACAGACGAUGACAUCCUCGCCAAGGACAGCCCACAGUCGAAGUAUGUCCCAGAGCCCGAUUCAGCCAAAGAGCUAGCUCCUGAGCUAGAGGUCAAGCUUAGCAAGAAGGAGAAGAAAAAGAAGGGCAAGGCAGCGAAGCGCGCAAGUUCUGACAACUGGGAGGACACUGAAUCAAGCCAACCUGAUACACCUGUCCUUGAACGCGACAUCAGAGAUAUCGAGCCUUCGUAUACCGCCUACUCUCCUGCCAAGCUCGCGGGAGGGACUGACGAGGGACGUGUGGAUCGAGGCCCUUCCUCAUCCAGCGCUACAGCGGCUGCUACGGCUGGUGGUCUUGCCGGCCUGGUUUCUGCAGCCAUGAAGCAGGACCAAGAUAGGAUGACUUCUGACUUGGAAACUGCUCGGAAGAACCUCGAGUUUGCGGACGAGUACAGCGCACCCAACGAGUCUGUUUCUACGUCAAACGGCUCGCGUGGGCUGGACGAGAGCGAGAGAAGGAUCUCAUUGCCUAGUACUGCCUUCCACGAUGUCGAAGAGCUGGUGGACGCCAAGACCCCGAAGAAGAAGAAGAGGCACAGCAGCGGGAAGUGGUCUCCUUCCGUAGGGUCUCCUCUCAAGACUGAGCUGCAAUACGAUGACUACGUCGGAGCCGCGGUCGGGCCGACCGUGUUUAAGGACGAACCAGUCGUUGAGGCACCGAAAGCUCCUGCCGGCUUAGGAAUGACUGACAUAACGCCAGCCACCUCAAGAGGCGUCCACGACUCUGGCUACUAUGCGCCUGAUGAUGAGGUACGGGAUAAUACCGCAGAAAGAGAUUCAGACGAGUUCUUCUCUGCUGGCUCAGAUGACAGGAAGAAGUCCAAGGGGAAAUCUCGGGAGUCGGAUAGGUAUGACGACCGCGACACCAAGUCGGUUGCCUCUUCUGGCAGCAAAUACGACGAGCUCGACCGCGAAGAGAGACGUCACCGGCGUCGAGAGGAGCUCUCCGAAAGCCGCGACCGGGGCUACGAAUUCGAUGAGGGCGAUCGCAAGCGUAGGCACCAUCGGCGACGCGAGACUGAUGAACGAUCCGACGACUGGGACACGAAGUCUACGAUCUCAGAGUCGCGUUCUGAACCGAAUGGGGAACGUCGACGUAAGCACAGGAGACGGGAGAGCGAGCGGAAUGGCUCUCCUGAAGGCCGUGUCCGAUCAUCAGCUGCCUCAGAUCCUGGAGAUCUAUACGAACGUGAGCACAAGUCUAAGCGUAGAUCCAAGCGGGACAGCGAUUUCGAUGAUAGUGCGUCCGUGGUUUCUUCAGCGCGCCACGACGAAGAGCGCAGCUCGAAGAAAGACAAGGAGAAACGAUCUAGCGGGCUCUUUGGGCUGUUUAGCAAAUCGAAGGAGAGUGUACCGGAGGCAUCUAGCAAGUCUUCGAAGUCGAGGGAUGAAAACGAUGACGACGAGCGUAAACAUCGUAGGAAAAAGCACCGGGACCGCGGUUCGACAUACGGGUCGGAUGACGACGACGUGCGCUCUACAGUGUCUUCCGGCAGCCGCCGUGAGAAACGAAGGAGCCGCACCGACAGUUGGGACGAAGGUAGGGACGCCCUCGAUGCAAAGAUACUAAUGGCAUAUCUUUACAGGACCGCAGCACUCAGCGCGAAAGGUCUAAGGACUCACAAUAUGACGAAGACCAGUCUUUUUUAGGGGAUCGGGCAGUGGCAGCCACACCACUGCCCGAAAGUGAGGCUACGUCUCACGACCUGGAAUAUCAUCAGGACAGUGGCAUCCCCGGGGAUCGACCCGAAUACCCUCUCCCUACUCUCGACGACUCUCAUCCUUUCCCACGCGAUUCCCGGGAUGUCGAGCGUCCUACAACGCCAACACCAGUCGAAGACAGCCGCGCUUUGCUGACCCGUCUUACUGGCUUGCCGCCCUGGCAGUUGGAAGCUUUCCCGGACGAGCUUCCACCUCUGCCUGUGUCUCGACCGACCUCUCCGCAUCUGUCUCCUGAGCAGACUCGUCCGUCGCCUCUUUCGGAACGCCGUCUGUCUUC